CACAAGUCCCAUGAGAAGUGGCUGAGGGAGCUGGGGUUGUUGAGCCUGGCGAAAAGGAGGCUCUGGGCAACCUCAUAAUUCUGGAAAUACCUGAGAGGAGGCUGUAGCCAGAUGGGGGUCGGCCUCUUCUCCCAGGCAACGAGCGACAGGACACGGGCUCAAACUGUGCCAGGCUUUGGUGGGACAGCUGGAGGAAUUGCUCCACAGAAAAGGCGAUUGUACACUGGAAUGGACUGCUGUCGUGAAUGAGGGUCUACUUCUUUAUUCUGAGCUUUUGGGAAAUCAUUGUGGCAUUUAGAACACAAAAUACCCUUAGACCCUGUAUUUUCUCACACUGCUGGAACACUGAGGGAUUUACAGCAGUCACAAUGAGGCGAAGCUCAAGUAUUGCUGGAAGCAGCAGCCGACAAUCUAUGAUGGCACUGAGAGUGGAGGACAGCAACAAGAUGGGUCUUCAAACACCUCAGAUGAAGGACAGAAGCACCCUUGGGAAGCUGAGCAUGAACAAACCUACAUCUGGAGCUUCAGAAGGAAAAGCCAGCUGUUCUGGGAACAGAGCGAGUGGGGCUGGAGGGUCCCGCAGCAGCCAGCACGGUGUGUUUGGGACAGAAAAGAUAAAGGAUCCCAGGCCCCUUCAUGACAAAACAUUCAUCCAACAAUGUAUCAAGAAGCUUUAUGAGUUCCUCCUUGAGAAUGCUUAUGGGCACAAUGUUUCCAUGAAAUCUCUACAAUCUCCAUCAGUUAAGGACUUUUUAAAGAUCUUCACCUUUAUCUAUAGAUUCCUCUGCCCUUCUUAUGAACUGCCUGACUCAAAAUUUGAGGAGGAAAUUCCCAAAGUUUUUAAAGACCUUGGGUACCCCUUUGCUCUGUCAAAAAGCUCCAUGCGUACCGUGGGUGCACCACACACCUGGCCUCAGAUUGUGGCAGCUUUGGUUUGGUUAAUUGAUUGUGUCAAGCUGUACCAUGCGUUCAGGGAAAACCCACCAUCGUAUGAUGAUGGACAGGCCUGGGGAGGAGAGACGGAUAAUGGAAUUGUACAUCAUAAGCUUUUCAUGGACUACUGUGUGAAGUGCUAUGAUCUUUUCAUGCAAGGGAGAGAUACCUUUGAAGAGUUGGAUGCUGAAGUGCAGUCAAAAUUAAAGGAUUUAUUUAAUAUAGAUCAAGCCCGGAUGGAAAGUUUAGAAGCUGAGAACAAAAGACUUCAAGAAGAGAUUGCAAGACUAGAAAAAGAGAAGGAAAGCGAGCCAGAUCGUAGAGUAACGCUACGAAAAGUGAAAUCAUCUCUUGAAGGAGACGUCCAGAAAUACCAGGCUUAUUUGGCUAGUCUGGAAUCUCAUGUAGCUAUCCUUGAUCAAAAGCUGGAAAGUGUUAACAGUGAAGUUGAGACAGCAGUUCAUUCAUGUCCAUUUCACAAAUGUUUUGUGAGCUUAGAAAUGGAAGUAGAAGCAAUGAAGCAGGAGAAUGCCCGGCUCCGACAUGUCUUAGAUAACCAAAAGUACUCAGCUGUGGACAUUGAGAGAGUAAAUCACGAGAGAAAUGAGCUGCAGCAAACCAUUAACAAGCUGACCAAGGAACUGGAAGCAGAAGAACAUCUGCUGUGGAAUGAAGAGCUAAAAUAUGUUAGGAAUAAAGAGGCGAUUGAUAAGCAACUGGCAGAGUAUCAUAAACUGGCUCGAAAGUUGAAAUUAAUUCCAGUAAGUGCUAAGAAUUCCAAAGGCCACGACUUCGAGAUUCAGUUUAAUCCUGACGAAGGACCAAAUUGCCUACUCAAAUACGGAACUCAGAUCAAGGUUCCCCUCAUGGAGAUCAUCAACGAGACUGAGGAAGAAAUCAUUAAAGCUACUCAACGGAAAAUGACUUUGGAAGAUACUUUGGAACAGGUGAAUACAGAGCUAGCGGACAAGAAACGCAGUGUGAAAAUGCUGGCAGAAGAAGCUGAAAAGCUAGAUGACCUUUACCAGCAGAAGCUUAAGGAGAUAGAAGAGGAAGAGCAAAAAUGUGCAAAUGUACGGGAAUCAUUAGAAAAGCAUAAACAGUUACUUGAGAGUGGUGUCUAUGAUGGUCUCAGUGAAGCCACAAAUGAAUUGCAUGAUCUCCAGCGACAGUAAGACUCGUAACUUCCGUGUUUGCCUUGUUUCUUUUGUUU